AGAGUGACUGAAGCGUGAGGUGCAGCUCGCAGUCGUUGCAGCAUCGCCCCUAUCCAACCCGAGCAGGCGCGAGCAAACGACUGCAUUCUCUACAGAUGGGACGCAUUUCGGAGUUUUGAAUGCCGUGCGUAAAAUGGACACGAUGGGUUCGCUUCUUUCUGGAGAUCCUUGGAGAACGCGCAUUCGUGACAAGCGCCGCAACUUCGGAAGUUAGAGGAGAACCGUUUCCCGGUGCGAAACAUUGAGAGAAGUGCCCGCAGGUAUGUGCUCCACGGAGAGGUCACCGCCCACCAUCCCGGCGAUCAUGUUCAUCUUCGGGGUGGUGGGGAACGUCGUCGCUAUUGUGGUCCUGCGGAUAUCACGAAAGGAACAAAAGGAAACCACUUUUUACGCCCUGGUGUGUGGCCUGGCAGUGACGGACCUGCUGGGCACGCUGCUGGCCAGUCCCGUCACCAUCGCGACCUACGUGAAGGGCGCGUGGCCCGGAGCCGAGCCGCUGUGCCAGUACUCCGGCUUCAUCCUGCUCUUCUUCUUCUUGGUCCAGCUCAGCAUCGUGUUCGCCAUGUCCGUGGAGAGAUACCUGGCAAUAAACCACGCGUACUUCUACAACGAGUACGUCAACCAAAAACUCGCCGCGCUCACCCUUUUGGCCAUCUACCUUUCCAACAUCGCGUUUUGCGCGCUGCCCAGCUUGGGCUUCGGGCAGGUGAAGCUGCAGAGCACGAGGACCUGGUGCUUCAUCGACUGGGAGAACAACCAGACCACGGUCGCCACUUUCAACCUGAUGUACGCGGGAGUGAAUUCGGUCAUCGUGCUGGCCACGGUCGUGUGCAACGUGAUGGUGUGCGGGGCCCUGAUCCUGAUGCACAAGCGCUUCAUCCGCCGCACGUCGCUGGGCACCGACCAGAGGCGCGUCGGGGAGCUCAGCCGCAGGCGGAGUUUCGCGCGACUGGCCGGGGCGGAGAUCCAGAUGGUGAUCCUGCUCAUAGCCACCUCCGCGGUGGUGCUCAUCUGCUCCAUACCGUUAGUGCUGAGGAUAUUUGUGAAUCAGCUGCACAGAAACCCGACAGGAGAGCACACUGAAGACCUGCUGGCCAUCCGCAUGGCCUCCGUCAACCCCAUCCUGGACCCCUGGAUCUACAUCCUGCUCAGGAAGACGGUGGUCCUCAAGGUGACGGAGAAGAUCAAGUAUCUGUUCUGCAAAAUGGGCGGGCGCGGGCGCCGGAGCGGCGGGCAGUUCCGCUGCGCCGACGGCCCCUUCGCGUCCUCCAUCAUCUCGCGAGGCUCUCCCUCGCUGGUGUCACGGGAGCUCAAGGUCGUUUUGAGCCCCUCACAGACCUCUCUGUACCCGCCGGAGGGGGAGGGGGGCGGGGGCGGCGGCGGCUCCGGCCCACCGGCGCCACAGACGAUGCAGGGCCCGCGGCAGGCCGAGGGGCCCCGAGGUCAGGGGCCUUCGCAGGGGGGAGGGGCGGCGGAGCAUCUGAUGGAAAACAAGGACCCCGCUCUACACGUGACCUUCACGGACGAGACCGCAGACACCCGGGAGAAAUGCAUUUAGCGGUCGGGCCUCGGAAUAAAACCCCCCCCCCAAAAAAAAGACACGACAAUGGAAGGGGACGCAUCUGAAGACUGAGGAUCCGUUUUGUGGAUGUAUUUUAUGUGAGAUACGCGUUAUCAACGCAUUCCUCCCUCAAUCAUGACUCGCCACAAACAGCACAUGGCUCUGUGGACGUUGUGGAGGAGCCCGUUUGAUGCACUUAUUUGUUAAAAACCAGUGCUUUCACAACCCCUCCGAGGAGACUCCUUCAAAAGAGUGUGUGCAACGUGAUGUUAAUUUAUUGUGAGAAUGAAAGUGUAUUAUUAUUGUCCUCUCUGUGAGAAGGGCCGGAUUGUUUGGAGCCAUUUUAAAUCGCUACAAGAUGAAUAUGCACAGUUUUUUUUUUGUGGUGCGAAGGAACAUUUGCCCACUGGUUGAAAGAGGAGCCGUGACGUCAACGCUAGAAUAAUGACAAAAGGCAGCUUUGGCUGGACUUCUGACACAAUGUUAAUAUAAAAUAAUUAAUUUACUCCAUGCAGGCCUUUUCUUUGUGAAGAUUAAACCAACAUGAUCUCAUUUUACUUCAAUUUAAUGUGCAAUGCUUCUCAUAUAAUUAGACUUUAUAGGGGAAUUAAGGAUUAAGAGAAAAGAUAAACACAUUGUUACAUUUCCUGUCUGAUGAGUUUUCUCAAUAGAUUUCCUAAGUGGAUUUCUAUAAAGAUUGAUAUAAAUAACAUGUUCAUAUUUACAUUUUUGUAAAGUGUUGUUUUAGCGACAGCGAGUGUCAAAUUUACCACAUAUUGUUAAUUCUCUCGUAAAAAAAUUGAUGUUGUACCAGAGUCUUAAAUACAAUUAAAAAUCGAUAAAUAAUCAUACA